UUCCAGACAAUUCUCUGUUAACCCUACAGAUAAAUGAAGUGUGUGAAAAUCCCAGCAAUAUCUUAAAUAUUUACACCAGAUGUUCAGUUUAAACUUCAGCCGAUCAUCUUGACCACAUCUACUGCACACACGAUACACCAAUGCACAUUUUUCUGCAGCUGAUAAACAUACAGGUGUACCUAAUAAAGAGGCCAGUAAGUGCGUAUCUAUAACCCGUGACACUGUUACCAGGGAUUCGGUGUUAUGCAGUGAGGAAACCUCCCAAUAGCAUCCUUCUUACACUUCCCACACAGUCUAACAGGCUCUCAGCUCUAAGACUGAAACCCACCGUGCUCAUCUGAGUGAACGGAAUUCAUUCAACCGUGUCGAUGCUGAGUCCACGUGCCAUCUAUGAGCACCAUCUGCUCUGUUUAUACACUCGCACGUUUAUUGCGCUCCUGCGUGCACAAGAAAUCGUGACGCAUUAAGUCAACAUGUUGAUAUGACUAUAUAAAUAAAUAAUGCCUCUGCUGCAUCUUGCAGAUUGAGGAUGUCCUUUCACUCCCUGCUGCAGAUAUGGGACAGAGGCUCACAUGCACACAGCCACAUGCCCUGAAUCACCCUCCGCUGUCCCGAGAGAGAGAGAAAGAGAGAGAGGGAGCGUGUGCACGAGUAACUGGAGAGAUGAGAUCAGGGAUUUAAGAGUGCACAAAAUUACAUCCACACGUGCACUUGAUGUUAUGUAAGCGCCUUGACUGGCUCACUGUAUGCUGGAGGAUAACAGCAGCAGCAGCAGCAGCAGCGAGCGGAGAGGCAGAGCAGAUGCUGUGUACACACACAGGGAAGACUACGCUUAAUACAGCAGCAGACACAAAGAAGAAGCUGCCAUUUUCAGGAGAUAUGGGCAUCAGUUUGGAUGCACUGAGAUUGGAUGAGUUUGCAUUUUCACCUUUAGGAAAGGAAGCUAUUGGGGAUGUUUCUUCAUGUGGAAUUAUGAAUGGAUUAUAAUCAGCGAUGCUUAGCUUGCUACUGUGAUCAGCUCAGGACAUUUCUGCCUUUUAUAUCAUUGUGCUGCUGGGGGCCCUGGGGGCCUUUGAUCAUGACAUCAGUGUGGUCCUUGUGGUGGGCUGUGUGCGGACUGACAGUGUGGUUUCCCCACACACACGCAGCCUCAGUGAGUCCAAGUCUGCUCACGAGCACAUCUGAUCCGGUAACAGAUGAGCGAUCAGUCAAUCCAGAACAUCAGACUGAAGCUGCAGAUCCUGCCAGCAACUUUACAGCCUCAAUGAGCCCAAACCUGCCCAUGAACACAUCUGAUCCAGCCAUGGAUGAGCAAUCAGUCAGUCCAGAACAUCAGACUAAAGCUGCAGAUCCUGCCAGCAACUAUACAGCCUCAAUGAGCCCCAAUCUGUUAGUGAGCACCUCUGAUCCAGAACCAGAUGAACAAUCAAUCAACCCAGAACAUCAGACUGAAGCUGCAGACCCAGCCAACAAGCACACAGCCCCAAUGAGCCCCAGUCUGCUUAUGACCACCUCUGAUCCAGGCUCUGAUGAGCACACAAUCAAUCCAUUUCAUCACACUGAACCAGCAGAUCUGCCCAGCAUCAACACAGCCUCAAUGAGCCCCAUUCUGCUCAUGCCAACCUUUGAUCCAACCGAUGACCAGCAAUCCAUCAAUCCAGAACUUCAGACUGAACCUACAGAUCUACUCAUCAGCCAUGACACAGCUUCAGUGAGCUCCAUUCUGCUCAUGACCACUUCUGAAGCGAGUACUACAUCUGAUACAACAACAACUACUCCAAAACUGAAGGACUUCACAGAUCCACCUAGAAACAACAACACGGGACUUGUGUGUAUUUCUGUGCUUCCUCCACGACGGGGUUCGUACUACGUGGAGCACGGGACAGGGGUGUCUGUGGGCUCAAUGCUUGUGUUCUGGUGUAAGGAAGGCUACCAGCUGGUUGGUCAUGAGAAAAUCACAUGCAUCCUGCAUUCAGGCGUCCCUCGAUGGAGCAACUACCUGCCAGUCUGUGAGAGUAUCCCUCGGCCAAAUGACCAGGGUCUGCGCAUUGCUUUACUGGUGUCAGUAGUAAGCGGGGUGGUCAUCCUCGUCAUGACCGUCUGCUUCAUCGUAUGCUGUUGUCAAGAGCACAUUAGCAAAAAGAAGGAAAAGCAUCGCACAGGCAGGAGCAGGAGAAGAGAAACACGGAGCUCCAGGUCUCGGAGAAGCCCGUCCUGGUUGGAAAGAGAGCAUCUUGACUGGGAAGCAUUUCCUCCGCCAAAACUUUUCAGUCUGUCCCAGCGUCUCGACCGACCGCUGCCUCCUGGUAGUCCUGUUUAUUCAGAGGUUAUCAGAUCCUAUGAGAACAGAGGCUACGAGCGGAGUCAGGAGAGUUUGCUGAGAAGCCCUAAUACUUCCUACCCAACAUACCCCGCCAACAGCCAGAUCUACCCAGCUCUCGUUUUCCAGAGGGUUCAAACUGAGCCAAACCCCUCGAGUUCUUCUACCAACCCAGUUUACGUACAGAUUGCUACACCUCCCAAAAACAAAACCCAUCACGCCGCUUCUGUCACUCACCCAUAAAUACAACAAUUAGUCCAUUUUCUCAUCAGCAGCACUGAAUGUGGACAAGACAAUACAGAAAACACUGGACAACUAUGAGGGGCAGAGUCAAACCAGAAGCACUUUGAUAUUUUCAAUGGUUAAGAUGUCUUUUAAUAUUUGCUAUGUUGUAAAUAUUCCAUUUUGGGGUGAUCCUCCUGAGUAUUAUAACAGCACUAAAGAUACCCAACCAAAUUGUAAAUAGAGGUUUUGAUGAUGUUGUAGAAAAGUAAAACCAAACAUUAACCAAAAUCCUUUUGUUUUGCACAGGAAUUUUGCUUAAAAUGGCCAACUACCACUCAUUUUCAUUAUCUUAUAUUCAUAAUGUACUGUGAAAAUGUAGUAUAUGGGUCAAAGAUGAAACAUAUUUUGGCAUCUACAUCUAAUUAAAUUUACCUGAAGUGAUUUUAUAAAAACAUGAUGCAUAUUAAAUGCAUGUAAAGUGUACUUUAUUGCAUUUUUAAAUACUUUCGUGAAACUGAACAUUCAAAAUCAUCGUUAUGAAUAACAAGAUUUAUUUAAGGGGUACUUCAGAAAAAACAAAACAAAAAGCGCUCUGGGGUAAGUUCAAAUGUAUGGUCGGUGCUCUUUGGGUAAGG